UGCGAGGUGAUUAGUUACCGGAUCGGCCGAGUGGGUCAAUGUCUGCGCUCGUGAAAAUUAAUGGUGGUGAGGUGAAACCCGUGGCGUGUCGAAAAUGGUUUAACGCGAGUUGUGCCGUUCCGGGAACGCAGUGCGGGCCGUUCGAUUAAGUGUCAGGUGGAGUCCGGUGCGCCCCCCGGACCGUUUUAUGCGGCCAUCCCGAACUCUCGACGAGCACCAAGAAACUUUUGUAAAGAGGCCACACACAAGCGAAUACGAUCGACGCUCUCAUACCUUUGACGGGAGUAAAAGGAAGAUCUCGUCGAGCAAUGUAACAGGAAUAGAAAUAAUAAGUGCGAGGACUAUCGUUUUUUAUUAUCAUUCUUUUAUUCCGUUUCUAUACUGAAAAAAGAAUAGAUUCGUGUCGUGCGUUGUAGCAGAUUUAUUAUAAAUAGACGAUGAGUGGCGGACGCCCGAGGACGACGUCCUUCGCCGAGGGCAACAAACAGGCUCUUAAUCCUCCCCUGGGAGGUGUGAAAAUUAGCAGUAAAGAUGGAGGUAAAGUGACCACUGUGGUGGCGACUCCGGGUCAAGGACCAGAUCGACCCCAGGAAGUCUCAUAUACGGACACCAAAGUGAUUGGGAAUGGUAGUUUUGGAGUGGUCUAUCAGGCCAAAUUGUGUGAUACUGGCGAAAUGGUCGCAAUUAAGAAAGUCCUACAAGACAAGAGGUUUAAGAAUCGAGAAUUACAGAUAAUGAGGCGGCUAGAGCAUUGUAACAUAGUAAAACUUAAGUAUUUCUUCUAUUCAAGUGGGGACAAGAAAGACGAAGUGUAUCUUAAUUUGGUGCUAGAAUAUAUCCCGGAAACAGUAUACAAAGUAGCGAGGCAUUAUAGCAAAUCAAAGCAGACUAUACCUAUCAGCUUUAUUAAGUUAUAUAUGUACCAAUUGUUUCGUUCGUUGGCAUAUAUCCAUUCGUUGGGUAUUUGCCACAGAGACAUCAAGCCGCAAAAUUUAUUGCUCGAUCCGGACACUGGCGUGUUGAAACUUUGCGAUUUCGGAAGCGCGAAACACCUGGUAAAAGGCGAGCCGAAUGUCUCGUACAUUUGCAGUCGGUAUUAUCGCGCCCCAGAACUCAUCUUUGGCGCAAUCGAUUACACGACGAAGAUUGAUGUGUGGAGUGCAGGUUGCGUCCUUGCUGAAUUGCUUCUUGGUCAACCAAUUUUCCCUGGCGAUUCCGGCGUUGACCAAUUGGUCGAAAUCAUUAAAGUACUUGGAACGCCAACGAGAGAACAAAUACGUGAAAUGAACCCCAAUUACACCGAGUUUAAAUUUCCACAGAUUAAGUCUCAUCCUUGGCAACAGGUCUUUAGGGCACGUACACCACCGGAAGCGAUCGAAUUGGUCGCCCGAUUGCUGGAAUAUACACCAUCAUCACGUAUUAGCCCGUUACAGGCUUGUGCCCAUUCGUUCUUUAAUGAACUAAGAGAACCGAAUACACGUCUACCCAACGGAAAUGAGUUGCCCCCAUUAUUUAACUUUACAGAACAAGAGUUAAGUAUCCAGCCAUCGUUAAAUACAAUUUUGGUACCACGCGGUGUACAGGAGGCAUCAAAUAGUCCACAGGACGGAGCAGGAGCUUCAACGGCCGCGGACACAACCGAUGCAACAAGUCCUCCGGUACAAGCCGCGGCGUCAGGCAUAGCUUAGGUAGUUCAAAUCCCCCCACAAUACGCAAUUUAAAAAAAAAAUAAUAACCGAAUCGGUUAAAGUAAAAUUAAAAAAAUUACUUUACCAAUUUUUGUUAUCACUAUUUUCCCCUCUAUCGCCCAUCGAAAAUAUCCCUUUAAAAAAAUGACGCGUGGCACCUUAGCCCUGCCCUGACCUGCUACUAGAACACUUUUAACUUACUAUAGGUAGAUGAUCUGCGUGUGUGACCACGAUUCGAUUCCCGUUUAAAAAAAAAUAUCGGAAAAAAUUAAGAUACAGCUGUACCAUAGGUUAAUUAAUUAAUUAAUUAUUAUAAUACGCGAUCCGUCAGUUGUACAGAAUAACUACAUACAAAAAAAAAACUUAAGAUAUGUGUAAAACGGCAUUUUUUUUAGCCAAUAACCACGCGAUAUUUUUAAUUAUCGUCAUUGCGGUUUAUGUUGAUCGAAAUUGUUUUAUUAAUUAGCGAAGAAAUUGACGAGAUUUUUUAUCUAAAAACGACAUAAACCGAAUGAACAUAAAAUAAAAAUAAAAUCCAAUUGAAUGCAAAAAUAAAGGCAGUUGAGGAAGAAGAAAUCGUCGAAAAAUCUGUUAAUUAUUAAUAUCACCUGAUGAGCCGUGUGCAAUUUAUCAAAUUAAGAGAUUGAUUAUCACGCAUGCUUUAAAAUCAUAUCGAAUUAAAGAAUUUGAAGAGCAACACAAAUAUAGCAAAAAUAAAAAAGGUGAUCUGCAAAAUAGAA